CACACAAUACAGCAGCAGCACUACACAAGCUUCCGCGGAGCGGAACAGUCUAUCACCCACUGACUGCAUAUCCAUUUUCAGCACCAUUUUUGAUUGUAACGAUGUAGUUAAUGACAGAAGGAUCCGUUAUGACUGUAUUAUCAUCGUUAGCUUAGCUUUCUAUUUUAAACAAAGGGGAUUCCAGCUAACGGCUCCAGCUAAUCAGCUCUAACAACAGAGGUUCACCAAAGAUGAGCAAAUAAAAGUAAUGCUCCUCCACAGCGAAUGACCAAAAGCAUUAUCGAGCGGUAACAGGACUGGUGGGAAUCGACGUCAAGAUGAUGAAGAAAAAGAAGUUUAAGUUCAGAGUUGAUUUUGAGCUGGACGAACUGUCGUCGGUUCCGUUCGUCAACGGAGUUCUGUUCUGUAAAGUCCGCCUCCUUGACGGCGGAUUCUCGGAGGAGUCAUCGCGCGAGACGGUCCAGGCAAACUGUGUACGCUGGAGAAAAAGAUUCUCCUUCCCCUGUAAAAUGAGCGCUAAUGCUGGAACCGGAGUCCUUGACCCCUGUGUGUGUCGAGUUUCAGUCAGAAAGGAACUGAAAGGUGGAAAGACUUAUGCAAAGCUGGGUUUUGCUGAUCUCAACCUGUCGGAGUUUGCAGGAUCGGGUAGCACCACACGCAGGUGUCUACUGGAGGGUUAUGACACCAAAAACACUAGACAGGACAACUCCAUCCUUAAGGUGAUUAUCAGCACACAGCUGAUGUCUGGGGACCCCUGUUUCAAAACGACUAAAGGUUCAAGUUGCAACAAUGAGACAUCAGGGAAGUGUGGCUCUCUGCCUGAUGAGCUCGGGCUGUGUGGACACUCUCGAACGUCCAGUUAUGCUAGUCAGCAGUCCAAAGUAUCAGGCUAUAGUACAAGUCACUCACGUUCCUCCAGUCUGUCGGAGUUCUCCCACAGGAGGAACACUUCGAUCGGGAGCGCUUCCACCGGCAUUGCUAGCAUCCCUGAGCCCAGUGAGGAGAGUGACCAAACUACAGUACCCCCUACAGCCCCGGGGGUCUGCACUGCUGUGCCUGAACACCCAUCAACCCCUGACAGAGCUGCCAACAGGUAUCCAGUGAAACAGGAUUCAAUGGAGUCUCAGCUGAAAAGAGUGGAUGCCACACGGGUGGAUGCCGAUGACGUAGUUGAGAAGAUUUUGCAAAGCCAGGAUUUCACCCACAGUCUGCUGGACUCCAGCACUGAAGAGGAAGGUCUGCGCUUGUUUGUGGGUCCUGGUGGGAGCACAGCACUUGGUAGCCAUCACCUUCCUGCCAGAGUUGGAGCAGGUGCCUACGAACAGGUGGUGAUCAAACGCUAGAGUUGGGAGAUGACAGAAGGAGAAGUGUCAAAAACCAAAGUCUGUUUCGUGGGAGGAGAAAGGGACGAAGAGAUUCAGACAUGUUCGUUUCCUCUCUGUUUGUCACGAACCUGUUUCAUCCUUUUGAUGGAAUGGUGUCCUCUGCAGGCCACAUAAACAACUGACCGCUCCUCUGUAUGAGGCUGCCACAUUAUAGGUGUAUGUGUUUCACUGUGAAGUCAAGUUUGUCUCCUAAUACGUCCGCUUUGAAAAUCAGAGCGUUUUUCUCUAUUUUUCUUGCAGAUUUUUAAAAAUGUAUAUUUCAUAUUAUUGUUUUAGUUUGUUUUUACCCAUGUUUACGUGUUUGUGAGCCAUGUCAGUAACAUUUGAUGGAUUGUAUUCAUCUUUUACAGUACAUAUGAGGUGUAUACUCUCUGCAGAUGAAGGUGACCCCUUUACAAAAAAUUUUUGUCAUCUCAUUACUGUCAGAAUGGAUAUCAAACCGUCCUCACUCACCCACAGCGUCUCACUUUGUGCGUGUGAGAAGUCGCGAUGCGUUUUGACAGAUGGAGCCGUUUUCAGACUUGAAAAAAUGUCCAUUUGAAUAGCACUUUGAAUUGAAGGACUUUCUGUGUAUCUCCAACACUGUAGGGAGUUUUGAGGCUGAGCUGUUGAUCAAGUUAACCCAUACACGGAAAAUGUGUAUUUCUUCUUUAUUCAUUGUCUUAAAUGACUUUCAGCUUGAGAACGUAAAGGUAGAUGAAACUCCUACAGCUGCAUUAUAUGUUGAAUGAGACUACUUUUGAAAUUUUGCAGUUCAAUAUAUUGACAUAUUAGCUACCUAAAAUCCGAGCAGGUGAAUAUCUGAUAAGUACGUCUCUGGCAUCAUUAAUAUCUCGUAAAUAUAUUGGCUUUCAUGCAAGGACAAAAUGAGCCAAGCUGUUCUCAAGCUACAAUUAGUAACAUGGCAGCACAGAACAAAGUAUUUAACUAUUUCAGCAAUGCUUGAAACAUUUAGCACAAGGCUCUUGAGAGGCGUGUAGCUCUUUUUAUCCUCUCUAUGACACUACAAAACCUUUUUUUCCCCAUGUUUUUGUAGUUACUUGAUGUAUCACUAAAAUGAAGGUAUUGACUAUUUUCAUAGUAUCUCUGUCUGUAAGAUCAGCUAUAGGGCAUAUCAGAAUCAUACAUUAGUGCUUCUCUAGUUUUAUGUGACCGUAUGCCCAUCUCUUCUCAGAAUCCAUUCGCUGUUUUAUUAAUAUAAACUCACUUGCCUCUACAAUUUAAAUGUGUGUGAGGAUUCGCAGUUGAGCACAAAUAUCAAAGCACCACACUGCGAUUGUACAGAGCCCCUAAAGAGACAGAUAUGUCUAAAUAAGAGAUGGGAGGAAAAAUUAUAUAUCAGUGCUUUUGCGUUCUCUCGCAAAUGUUUUGGAUUGCUUAGACAAACUUUGUUCACUUGCAAAACCUUUGCGUUCAACUGAGAAACGUUAUGUUCACUUGAAAAGAGUGAGUGCAAAGCUUCUCGUGGGAACACAAAGAUUUUGCAUGCAAACAAAAGUUUCUUGUGGGAAUGAAAACAUUUAGCAAGAAAACGCAAAAGUUUCUUGUGAGAAUGCAAGUAUUUUUAGAGAAAAAUUUCUUGUGGGAAUGCAAGCAUUUUGUGAGCGAUCGCAAUGUUUCUCAAAGGGAACCUUUGUAUGAAAAUGCAACAUUUAUAUAUAGGCCUACUUAAUCCUCCCAUGUCAUAUUGUUCUUCAUCACUAUGUCCCUUUAAGUGCUCCGUUGCAAAUGUUUGCAAAUACCAGUAUAUUUAGAGGUUAUCUGCAAUAUUUCAGCUUCAUUACUUUUCAUCAGAGUUUAAACUUGAUUUUUAGUUUUUUAAUUGAUCUACUGCCAAAAUGAAAGUCUAUUUUUAUGUAUUUGAGCGUAUUUUGUGUUACCGAAAUUGUCAAGAUUCACUUUUUCCCCCUGGUCCUAGUAGGUCCUGGUACUCUACAUGUUGUAAAAACAUGGUGGCUUUAUCUCUUCUGUGAAGUUUUUGGUCCUUGUAAUUGUACGGUGUCUGAUGUUUAAAGGUGACAUCGCAAUGUUGUGUUCUAACUUUUGGCUUCCAUGCCAUGUGUUCUGUUAUGAUGCUGGUAAGGUAUGUACCACGCACUGUUAAAUAAAA